AUGGGCAUACAGUUCCUGAGUCUAAGCACAGAGAAGUUAUUUGUUUCAACUGUGGUGGAGAAGGUCACAUUAGUAGCCAAUGUCAGAAACCAAAGAAGGCACAAGGUAGUGGAAAGAUUAGGUCUUAUGUUGUCUUUUAUGAAUGGUGAGAUGGUCGUCGAGAUUCCGGCUAAGGGAUCAGUGACUACUUAUCUUGUGUGUUUAAAGUUUCCUUUGUCGAUCUUCGACAGGGACUUUGCUAUUGAUUUAUCGGUGAGGUUUUCUACUCCUGAAGAGGAAGACACUGGUUUAUUGUCUACUAGACAGUUGCAGAAGAUGAUGCAAGAGGAAGCUCGGGUGUUUUCAUUGAUGGCUUCGUUAUCUAUUGAGAAUCAAGCUAUUAUUGAUGAGUUGCAGGUGGUGCGUGAAUUUCCUGAAAUUUUCCCUGAUGAAAUUCCUGAUGUACCGCCAGAAAGAGAAGUUGAAUUUGUGAUCGAUCUUGUACUUGGUACCUGA